GCGUCUGCGUAUGCGGAAGUGAUGCAUGCGCUGGUGUUGUUUGUAUUUCUGUAGCAGCUGGACGCGUCGGAUGAAGCUGCACGAGGGCUGGUCAGGAUGCUGGAGUCGUAUGUUUCUCCUCUCUUGAUGAGUUAUGUGAACCGCUACAUAAAGAACCUGAAGCCGUCGGACCUGCAGCUGUCGUUAUGGGGCGGAGACGUGGUUCUGAGCAAACUGGACCUGAGGCUGGACGUGCUGGAGCAGGAGCUCAAGCUGCCCUUCAUGUUCCUGAGCGGCCACAUCCACGAGCUGCGCAUCCACGUGCCCUGGACCAAACUGAGCUCCGAGCCCGUGGUCAUCACCAUCAACACCAUGGAGUGCAUCCUCAAGCUGCGGGACGGAGCCGCGGAUGACAGUGAGAGCUGUGGCUCCAGUUCCACCAAUCGCAGCGCGUCUGAGAGCUCGAGGGCGUCGGCCAAACCUCGACGUGUGCAGCAGAACCCCAGCGACCCGGACCUGCCCCCAGGAUACGUGCAGAGUCUGAUCCGCAGGGUGGUGAAUAACGUCAACAUCCUGGUCAAUAACCUGAUCCUGAAGUACGUGGAGGAUGACAUCGUGCUGUCGGUGAACAUCACGUCAGCGGAGUGCUACACGGUGGACGAGCUGUGGGACCGAGCCUUCAUGGACAUCGUCUCUCCUGAGUUGGUCCUGAGGAAGGUUAUCAAUUUUUCGGACUGCACUGUGUGCUUGGAUAAGCGUAACGCCAGUGGGAAGAUCGAGUUUUAUCAGGACCCUCUGCUCUACAAGUGCUCCUUCAGAACUCGUCUUCAUUUCACCUACGACAACAUCAAUGCCAAAAUCCCUGCCGUCAUUAAAGUUCACACGAUGGUGGAGAGUCUGAAACUCUCUCUGACGGACCAGCAGCUGCCCAUGUUCAUCCGGCUGAUGGAGUUGGGUGUUGCGCUGUAUUACGGAGAGAUGGGCGUCCAUCGAGAGGGCGAGAGAGAAGAGAGUGGCUCCCUUCGAGAGGGCGUCUCCGGUCUGAUGGACGGCUCCGAGGCGUCUCUGACGGGUCAGUACUAUCAGGACGAGGAUGAAGAUCAGGGCUGGGUGUCGUGGGCAUGGUCCUUCGUCCCGGCCAUCGUGAGCGCAGAGGAUGAGGAGGGUGAGGGCGAGUCUGGCUUCUACACAGAGUCCACGGAGGCGGGUUCUGCCCGGCCCCUGCACAGGUCCCCCAGAGACCCUGUAGUGUCCAUCGGCUUCUACUGCACUAAAGCCUCGCUCACUUUUAAGCUCACGGAGAGCUGUUCUGAGAGCAGUUACUACAGCCCGCAGAAGCUGAAGUCCCGGGAGGUGCUGAGUGUGGAGCAGGAGGGAAUCACAGUGGAGGCUCUGAUGAUGGGUGAGCCGUUCUUCGACUGUCAGGUGGGAGUCGUGGGUUGUCGCGCCGUGUGUCUGAAGGGCAUUAUGGGUGUUCGUGAUUUUGAAGAAAAUAUGAACAGAAAAGAGGAGGAUGCCGUGUUCUUCCGCUGUGGCGAUACGCUGAGCGCUAAAGGCAUGACGUACCUCACCAACUCACUGUUCGACUACCGCAGUCCCGAGAACAACGGAGUCCGUGCAGAGUUCAUACUGGAUGGAAAACUUCACAGGGAGACGUUCACGGAGGAGGCGGGGCUUCAGCGAUACGGGGCGUUCUACAUGGAUUACCUGUACACAAUGGAGAACAGCAGCAGAGUGUGUGUGGGGCCGCAGGAGUGUAAAGACGAGCCGCUGGUUCAGGAGACGUCAGUGAAGAGGAUUGUAGUCGGUCCUCUGGAUCUGCAGCUCCACAGCAGCGCCGUUCACCGCAUCCUGAAGAUGAUCGCCUGCACACUGGACCACGAGUACCAGCCCUACUGCAAACCACAGCCCGAUGUUGUGGAGGAGCCUGUGUGUGUGGGGCCGGAGCAGGUUUCAGCGCUGGAGGAGUUUAUUCCCACCCGUCAGACCAGUGUGAUGUUGAUGAGAGCGAGAGUCACUGUCCCUGCAGCCGAAUACAACCUCCUGCACCUCAUCCUGCCCGCUCUACUGGGACACAAGGUCUCGACGGCGCAGGCCUCCGUCUCUCAGGUCCCGAUCCUGCGUCCUCUUCCGGCUCUUCAGCUGCAGGUCCAGCGCGUCACGUUCGAACAUUCAGAACCCAUGCAGGAACAGGAAGUGACACGUGCAGCCAGCAGCCUGAGCCAGCCCUCACACACACUCCUGCACCACUGCUACACACACUGCUACCUGAAGGUGUUUGAGCUCCAGGCGGGUCUGACUGUGAUCGACUCAGGAGAGUUUCAGCCCAUUAUUCCCAUCAUCCCCUCCUUCAGCACUGCGGUCUACUGGAAACAGCUCUGUCUGCCUGUGUACUGGGCGAGGAAGGCCUCCGUCCCCGUGAGAGAGUGUGUGUUUGAGCUGCCGCAGGUGUGUGUUCAGGCGACGCGUGCGCAGGUGCUGCUGCUCCAGUCCAUGUAUCGCAGCUGGACACACACACUGGGGGGCGGAGCCUGCAGCGGCAUCAGCGACUGCCUCAUUAGCCACGCCUUCAACACUACAGCAGGUGUGAAGCCGGUGUGUGUCGCCCCCGUGCUGGAGGUGUGUGUUCAGCGUGUGGAGCUGAAGGUGUGUGUGCGGCCGGCACUGCUGUGUGUCUCUGGAACUCUGGGAGCCGUGAAAGUUUGUGCCAGAACACCGGGUGUGUGUGACGGGCAGAAGGAGCAGCUGGUUCCACUGGUUCAGGGUCCGUCUGACACCACAGAUCUGCACACGAGACACUGGCUGAUCGGGAGCCGUAAACCUGCGUCCCUCCUGUCACCUGACCUCCUCCAGAUCUCACUACAGCUCCCUCAGCAGGAGCACGCGCCCAACCCCGGUGCAGUGCUGUUGGUGAGCGUUCAGGGCAUCACUGUCAAUGUGGAUCCGGUUCUGUCCUCCUGGCUGCUGUUCCAACCUCAGAGAACCAGCGGCAGCAGACCAACUCAACAGGUUUCCAUGGUGAUGAAGAAGAGGAGGGAGGAUGAAGCAUCUGUUGGCAGCACAGCACUGACCAAACAACCUAGCAAUCAGGCGUCAGACUACACCAGCAGCCCUGUGAAGACCAAGACUGUGACGGAGUCGAGGCCUCUCUCUGUUCCAGUGAAGGUUUUUCCAUCAUCUGAGGAAUGUGUCGUGAGUUCAGAGGAACACAUGAAGAACCUGAUAACACACACCUGGAACGCCGUCAAACACCUCACUCUACAGGUGGAGCUGGAGUCUUGCUGUGUGUUCGUGCCGUCGGACAGCCUGCCGUCUCCCGGGUCGCUGGUGAGCGGAGACGUGGCCGGGACCGUGCGCUGCUGGUACCACAGCCAGGCCUGCAUGCCCGGGACACUGGUGCUUUGUCUCCCGCAGAUCAGUGUGUUCAGCGCAGGACACCGGCGCAUGGAGCCGCUACAGGACGGGCCCUUUACUGUACCCAGACCUGUGCUGGAGGAGGGCGAUGCGUUCCCAUGGACAGUGUGUGUGAGUCAUCUGAGCGUCUACUCUCUCCUGGGCCAGCAGCGUUCCCGCAGUGUUCUGGAUCCGCUGGGCUUCACCUCUACUCUGGCACUCACCGCCCCGAAGCUGCAGCCCGAGAGCAGAGACGCCUUCAUCAUGUGCCUGCAUGUGGACCUGCAGCCGGUGCAGCUCCGGUGCUCCAACCCUCAGGUUCAGCUGGUGUUCAGUCUGUGGUGUCGAUGGAGUCAGAUCUUCAGUGCGUUCGAGCGGAUGCAGAGCAGAGGAACACACAGGUCGUCUCCAGGUUUCCCAGACUCCUCAGCAACCCCUGCUGGACCCUCCUCACCCUCACCUGUCCCCCCCGACACCAGCACCUGCAGCCCCUCAGCUGACCUGGGCUCUCACACUGAGGGGAAUUCGACACACACUGAGGAGCCGGUGGUGUGUGAGACCAUGACGCUCGAGCAGAAGACCUGCAGCAUCAGCGGCUCCAGCGGGAAGCUGAGCGUCUGGAUGCAGUGGAUGCUGCCGAAACUCACACUCAAGCUCUUCUCCUGCGACACUGCGGCCAAAAACAACGAGCUGUGUGUGAUGGCAGAGAUGGAAGACUUGAGCGCAUCUGUGGAUGUUCAGGACGUUUAUACAAAGGUGAAGUGUAAAGUGGGAAGUUUCCACAUAGAUCACUACAGAAGCAGUGCUGAAGAGAGCUCGUGCGGUGGGGUCGUCCUCUCUUGCACUGAAAAGCUGAACAGACGCACGGUUCUGCUGCGACCCCUCAGCAAGCAGGAGCAUUUCAGCCAUUUCAGCUUCUGUCCCCCCACGGCGGCGAAGGCUCUGGAGGUCUCGCACCAGCAGCACGGGUUCCUCUCGGUGACCUACACGCAGGCCGUCACUCGGAACGUGCGGCACAAGCUGACGGCGCGGCAGGAGCGAGUGUCCCAGAGGCUGAGCGAGGACGGCACAGACGGUUCGCCGCAGUACCUGCACGAGAUCCUGCUCACGGCGCAGCCCUUCGACCUGGUGCUGUCCUGCCCCCUGCUGGUGAGGCUGGCGCAGGUCUUCCACGUGUCCGCCCCCCCGCCGCUGCGUCCCGUCAGAGAGAGCGUCUCCGCCGGACACCCGAUGACGGGACCCUCACUGUCCUCCAGCAGCCUCCCGCUCAUCUACCUCAACACCAGCGUGAUCCGGGUGUUCUGCCCUCUGGAGGACACGACCAGCAGCACACGUGAGUCUCCCUGUGUCACACGCUCACACACUGAUGAUGAUGAUGAUGAUGAUGUGUGUUUGUGUUCAGAUUCACAGAUGAAGCACAGGAAGGAAGACACGGUUGUGUUGAAGAUUGGAUCUGUGAGCGUCGCUCCUCAGGCUGAUAAUCCACUGCCGCGCUCCGUACUGCGCAAAGACAUCUACCAGCGGGCGUUGAAUCUGGGUGUGCUGCGUGACCCGGGGUCAGAGGUCGAGGACCGUCAGUAUCAGAUUGACCUCCAGUGCAUCAACAUGGGCACGGCUCACUGGGACGACCUGCGGCCGGAGCGCGAGGGGCCGAAUGCUGCUUCUCCUGCAGACGCUGAGCGCAGCUCCCAGAACCCCGCGCUGGAGUGGAACAUGGCCAGCAGUAUCCGACGGCAGCAGGAGAAGCGAGUGAUCCUGUCGCCGAUCAUCACAGAUUUCUCAGUGCGAAUCACAGCAGCUCCAGCUGUAAUUUACCGGAAGCCUCUGGAUCACGGCCCAGCGGAGGAGGUGGUGGUCUGUGGCCACAGUCUGGAGAUGAACAUCACGUCCAGUCUGGAUCUGUUUCUCAGCGCGUCUCAGGUUCAGUUACUGCAGCAGCUCCUGCAGGACAACGUGGGGCAGACGACCUGCGACCCGACCACUGCAGACGUGUGUGGCCGUCCUCCGCAGGCCGCUGCGGUCUCGGUGGAGAGUGUGUGUGGCAUCAGCGCCACCUGUGGGCAGGACAGUGGGUUCGGCAGCGACAGCGCCCGCCUGCGGAUGGUUCAGAUGGAGCGUCAGAGCGGCGCGGGUCAGUACCGGCUCGCCCGGCCUUCGCAGCAGCCCAGCAUCACCAAGAACCUCCGCUUCGUCCCGUUCGACGUGUUCCUCACCGCCGGCCGCAUCUCUCUGAUGACGUACGCGACGCUGCCCGCGGCUAACACUCCCGCGGCUAACCCUCCUACAGCAAAUCCUCCCGCUGCUAACCCUCCCGCAGCUAACGUGGCGGAGGACGAGACGACCCGCGACUGCAGCCUGUCCUCGCUGACCGCUGACGACCUGUUAAAUGCUAGCGCUAGCGCUGCCGGCGUGUGGCCGGGGCUCCUGGGCGUUCCGGCUCCGGGCCGCUCGUCUGCGCGUCAGGCUCUGGGAGUGACGGUGGUGAGACAGCCGGGCCGGAGAGGAGCCCGAGACUCACGCCUGCAGCCGCUGCUGUUCCUGCAGCUCAACCAGCCCUCCGUCCUCAUGCACACACACACUCACACACAGCGGCUGGAGCUCUCGCUGUUCGACCUCACGCUCAAGGGGGCCGCCAAUGACUACAGGAGUCUCGAUGCAGGGAAGUCUCUCCCUGAGGCCUUGGACUACAGUGUGUUCUGGCUGCAGACGGUGGCAGGAGAAGCUGAUGGUCGCACAGGAAUCCCUCCUCCGCUCCUGUCUGUGGUCGUCAGAGACUUCCUGAGUGGACCAGAGUUAAAAGUGGAGGUCAGUCGGCCGCUGAGGGUCAGUCCCACACUGGCUAAAAUCGAGCAGGCCAAAGUCUUCUGGAAGAAACUCUUUCCUGAGAGUGAUGGCGAAUCACAGCCCAGAACACCGACAGGCUCCACCCACUCCUGCAGUGAAGCCCCGCCCACAGCUGAUCUUUUGCUGCGCUCCCUGCAGACGCCGGUUCCCUUCCAGAAGAUGGCGCUGCGCACCGUGCAGAUGGUGGUGUGUGUGGAGAUGGAGUCGCACGCGGCGCGGCCCAGUCUGAGUGUGUGUGUGUCGGCCAUGACAGGCGCGCUGGCGCUGAAGAACGCCGGCAAACCCGCAGACGGGUUUAAGGAGGUCCGUCUGUCGGUUCAGUGUGAGGACGUGUUGGUGCGAACGGGUCUGAAGGACCGAAGCUCUGUGUUUGUGGGACCGUUUUCCUGCAGUGGGGAUCUGGAGGCUCAUUGGUGCAGACACAGCGGAAGCUCCGCCCCUGACUCACCUGGACCCCCGAGAGUGCUGAUUGACAUGAAGGGAGGACUUCUGCAGGUAUUUUGGGGGCAGCAGCAGUUUAACUGUUUGUCUGAGAUUCAAGAGGAGCUGCAGAAUUACUGGAAGCAGAUUAGCAGAACAGAGGCGGAGUCAAGCGAUAAGCCCCUCCUCUCUACUCCCCCUCCCACCCCUCCCCCUGCCCAAUCAGAACACUCAUCUGAUGACCUGCGCACAGGCCUCUUCCAGUACAUCCAGGACUCAGCGUGCCAGAAGCUGCCGUCGCCUCAUGAGGUGGUGUUCUGGAGGGAGACGGAGGAGUCUUCGGGCGUGAUGCUGUGGCGAUAUCCUGAACCACGUGUGAUCACAUUUCUCAGAAUCACACCUGUUCCCUUCAACACCACCGACGACCCGGACAUCAGCACGGCCGAUCUCGGAGACGUACUGCAGGUGCCGUGCAGUCUGGAGUACUGGGACGAGCUGCAGCAAGCGUUUGUGCCGUAUAGAGAGUUCAGCCUAUCAGAGAGCAGUGCGUGUGAGCUGACCCUGCCCACUCUGACCCCCAACACACACCAGACUGACCUGGUGACCUCUGACCUCUGGAGGGUGGUGCUCAACAGCACCAGUGAUGGUGGAGAUGAGAGUUCGGACAGUGAGUCCGGGUCCCAGGUGCCCUGUGAGCAGCUGGUGUGUCCCACCGCUCUGGCCGCAUGUACGCGAGUCGACUCCUGUUUCGCGCCGUGGUUCGUGCCGUCAGUCGGUGUUUCCUUACGACUGGCCUACCUGGAGCUGCACUUCUGUCACAACCUGGACCAGCUGGGCACAGCGCCGUGCCAGAAGCUCCGCCCCUUCCUCCCAGACAGGAAGUUGCCUCAGGAUCAGGAGUUUGCGGUGGUGUGUGUGCGUGAGCCGUGUGUGUUUGUGCGUCAGUGGAGCGACGUGUCUCAGUGCUGUCACGAGCUCAGCUUCUCGUCCACGCUGAGCUGCCGGCUGCUGGAGUACCGAAACCUCACGCUCCUGCCCGUCCUUCAGCCCGUCGGCCUGCAGGGACACGCCACACACACACACACACGCGCUCGCCACGCGCUGCACUGCGACGCCACGCUGCAGCCGCUGAGGGCCGCCGUCGGCCAGUACGCCGUACACACACUGGACCGCGCGCUGCAGGCCUGGAGACAGAACGGUGUGUCGGGCGCUGAGGAGGUGGUGUUCUGCCAUUACAUCAUCUGUAACGACACACAGGAAGUGCUGCGCUUCGGACAGGUCGACACAGACGAGAACAUCCUGUUACAAAGCAACCAGAGCCACCAGUACAGCUGGAGAACACACAAAUCCCCACAGCUGCUGCACAUCUGCAUUGAGGGCUGGGGAAACUGGCGCUGGGCCGAAGCCUUCAGUGUGGACGAGGUGGGGAACUUGCUGAGAACCAUCCAGCAUAAAGGACAGACGGCCUCACUCAUCAUCAGGGUCAAGCAGCUCAGCGGAGUCCAGAAACAGGUGAUCAUCUGCGGCCGGCAGGUGAUGUGCAGUUUCCUGCAUCAGUCGAUCGAGCUGCGGCUUGUGCAGUACCACAGGGGUCACGAGGGUCAUGAGGGUCACGAGGGACAGGAGCGCGUCGCCCGUCUGGAGCCGCACUGCAAACCGGCCUCGUUCGUGCUGGAGGACGCAGAGCUGACGGAGGUGUGUGUGCGUGUGUGUGGAGACAACGCCUGGUCGGGGGACGUGUGUCUGGAUCCCAGCGACACACACACCAGCUCUGUGGUGCAGGUGCCGUGCUCUAAUGGAUCAUUGCUGCAUGUGUGGUGCACCCGAAUCCUGCUGGAGCCAAACACACACAUGCAGCAGAGAGUGGUUGUGUUCAGUCCGCUCUUCAUGAUGUGGAGUCACCUGCCGGACCCGGUUCUGGUUCAUGUGGAGAAGAGGAGUCUGGGUCAUAGAGACACACAGCUCAUUCAGGGCCGCGGCCACCAGGAGGCGCUGCUGAACGCCGAGGCCGAUCUGACACACCACCUCACCUUCCAGGCCAGGGAGGAAGAGGACGCGUCUCACUGUGCAGUUCCUGUGUCCACUGCUGUUAUCAAACAGAUCCUGAGCAGAGCAGCACCAGACCAGAACCAGAACCAGCAGGAUGUUCUAGAGCACUUCUAUGGAGAGAAGACAUCCAGCGACCCGGCCUGGCCCUACAGCAGCCGACAGACAGACAGGAGUGUGGUGGAGCCGGUGGCGCAGUGGGACAGCCCGAUGCAAGUGCGUCUGAGUGUGUGGCGCGCAGGUCUGAACACACUGCUGGUGGAGCUGCUGCCCUGGGCUCUACUGGUGAACCGCUCGCACUGGGACCUGUGGAUGUUUGAGGCUGAGAGCAUCGUAGUGCAGAUUCCAGCCGGGAAAACCAUCGUACCGCCCAACUUCAAGACUGCCUUCCAGAUCGGCAUCUAUUGGCCGAACACUAACACGGUGCACAAGUCUUCUGCCGUGCGAUUGGUCCACGAGGUGUCGUCGCCACGGUGGCCAGAAGGGGGCGGAGCCGAGGUCCUGCUGCUGGAUGAGGAGGGAUACAUACACACGGACAUCACACUCGGCACACAGCCCGGAAAACUCAAGCUCUGUCAGUUUUGUGUGUCGUCUUCAGUGAAAUACGGGAUUCAGGUUUUGCAGAUUGAGGAUAAAACUGUUCUGGUGAACAACACGACAAACACCAUCAAAUGUAGAGCUGUGACCCAACAACACACACACACACCUGAGCAGCCCUGUCCCGUCCCAGACUCCUCCAGCUUCUCUCUGGGUCCCGCGGGAUCGGCCGGGGAUCAGGUGAUCUCUGCGGUGCCGUUCUGGGAUGUUCUUCCGGUCGGUCCAACAGCAGAGGACGAGCAGCUGAGGUCCAAGCAGGUUCUGUUGAGCCUCGAGGGCGCCGAGUGGAGUCCGCCGGCUCCUGUGCGAACCGACUUCCCCAGACAGAGCGUUCCUGUGCCGGUGGAGCCGCACGCACACUGGCCCUUCAACACCAGGCCUCUGGUUCUGACCUGUCAGGAGCAUCUGGGCGUCACGUAUCUGACAGUGAGUGAAGAUCAGUGUCCACGAAUGAUGAUUCACAACCGCUGCCCCAAGAGCCUCUUACUGAAGGAGAACAUCAGGGAGCCUGUGAGGUCGGAGGUGUUCAGCCGGGCGGUUCCUGCUCUUUCUUCUGUCCAUCAUGAGUUGUUUUAUCAGGCCUCCAGUUUUCCUGAGUGCCGACAGAAAGAGACGCUGCCCACCCUGCAGCUGCGCAUCAUCACGGACACGCCCCCCAGCCCCUCAGACACGCCCACCUCUCCCUCAGACACGCCCGCCAGCCUCACGGACACGCCCACAUCAACAGGCUGGACUGAUGCCUUUGACAUCAGUUGUCCUGGAACACAGGUUGUUUUUCUUCCUGGUUUCGGCUGUUUGUACAUCGAUGUUGUCCAGCAGAGCGGCACGAUCACACUGACGCUGGCGCCAGAGAGCAGCCCUGCAGACGCCGUCACACACCUCAGGCCGUCCAGUCCGAUGCUGUCCUUCAGGGUUCUGCUGACGGAGGCGAGCAUGGCGCUCUGUGAUGACAUCACCAGCCGGUCCGGAUCAGUGGAGCUGCUGCGUCUCACCGUCUCUAAACUCCUGCUCCUGCUGCCAGCCAUCGACCCUCCACCCGACCACACCGGACACACCGGACACACCGGACACACCGGACACACCGGACACACCGUACAGGUGCUCUGCGGCGGCCUGCAGGUGGACAACCAGCUGUACCAGCGCGCCAGCUUCCACUUCCCCGUCAUCAUGUGCCAGGAGCCGCCGGGCGACCCCGCGCUGACCCCGGGCGACCCCGCGCUGACCCCGCAGGAGUUCUGCCACGCCUGCUUCUUCUCUAUGAGCCUCACGGUGUCCGGCUCCGGACAGCUGGACCGGCUCUCGCUGCGCAUCCGCCCGACGCGCGUGUAUCUGGAGGACACCUUCCUCUACUACAUGAAGACUCUCCUCCACACCUACAUCCCAGAAUGCACCCUGGCUGUGCGUGGCGAUGGGGCGGGGCUCCCGCGGGAGGUGCUGGAGUCGAUGCGUGCGCUGGUGACGCCGCUGCGCCUGCAGAAGCUCUCCGUCGAACCCCUUCAGCUGCUGCUCUCCAUCCACGCGUCUCUGAAGCUCUACAUCGCCUCCGACCACACGCCGCUGUCGUUCUCGCUGUUCGAGCGCGGCCCCGUCUGCACCACCUCACGCCAGCUCGUACACACACUCGCCAUGCACUACGCUGCCGGUGCGCUCUUCAGGGCAGGUUGGGUCGUCGGGUCUCUGGAGAUUCUCGGCAGUCCCGCCAGUCUCGUUCGGAGUAUCGGGAAUGGCGUGUCAGAUUUCUUCCGGUUGCCGUACGAGGGUUUGACUCGCGGGCCGGGAGCCUUUAUCAGCGGCGUCUCCAGAGGAACCAACUCGUUCAUCAAACACAUCUCUAAAGGGACUCUGACGUCCAUCACCAAUCUGGCCACGAGUCUGGCGCGGAACAUGGACCGUCUGUCGCUGGACGACGAGCAUUACAUGCGUCAGGAGGAGUGGAGGCGGCAGCUGCCGGAGACUCUGGGAGACGGGCUGAGACAAGGCCUGUCCAGACUGGGCAUCAGCCUGCUGGGCGCGGUUGCAGGAAUCGUGGAUCAGCCCAUGCAGACGUUCACACGGACGCUGGAUCUGCCCAGCUCGGCGAGCAGCACGGCCCGCGGCGUCAUCUCAGGGGUGGGGAAAGGCAUUGUGGGAGUUUUCACCAAGCCAAUCGGAGGAGCAGCUGAGCUGGUGUCGCAGACGGGAUACGGUCUGCUGCACGGCGCGGGUCUCUGGCAGCUUCCCAAACAGCUGCACCCGCCGACAGACUCCAGAUCAGCCGACGCCUCCAACAGCCACGUCAAAUACGUCUGGAAGAUGCUGCAGUCUCUGGGCCGCCCCGAGCUGCACAUGGCUCUGGAUGUGUGUAUGGUGAGCGGGUCGGGUCAGGAACACGCCGGCUGUCUCCUGCUGAGCGGAGAGGUUCUGUUCGUGGUCAGUGUGUGUGAGGACGCGCAGCAGCAGGCCUUUCCCAUCACUGAGAUCCAGUGUGAACACGACACACACAUGCCUGGACGCAUCACACUCACACUGCAGCAGCACCAUGUGACCAGUGACACAGAGGCCGACGGGUCUCGCGAGCGUCUCUCGGAGCUGCAGUACAGUCGGCUGGUGGAGUUCGUCACCGGAGCGUCUCAGUUUCUGUCUCCGUCUCAGUCGUCGCGUCACCAGCCGCCCGUCACUCCCGCGGAUCCGCCGCCCACCGUCUCCAGAACAUACCAGUAUCACGCAGACCCGGCCUGCGCACGCGUGUUCGUCUGCAAGUUCACCAUGGUGAAGAACAGAGCGCUGCGCAUCGGCUUCCACUGACGCUCACAGACUUCAUCUGAUUUACACACAUCACUUUAUUGAGACGUCACUACAUCAGCCAGAGCUGCUUUCUGUGUGAAUGUAAUGCUUUAAACCAAAAAAAGGCCUCUCAUUUUUUUAUUUUUAUAAGCAAUGCAAGGAAGAUGAUUUACUGUUUUUUAUUGCAUUAUUCGCUCCUGUAUUCUGGUCUAAUGAAAAUAUGAGUCUGUUGCUUCAUAAUGAAUCUGCUUUUUGUAAUAAAACAUGGGAUAUUUAAAGAUGUAUCAUCAGCUUGA